UAUGGGCAUUCGGGCAUGAGAUCCUUGUGACUUAGAGGAAAUCAAUGCACUUCCAAGUGUAACUAGUGCCAGGCUCUCGCAGUGCUGAAGAAAGUGGAGUUUUGCCCAGCUGUAGUGAGGCAGCUUUGUGUGCCCUCCUGGUAGGAUGAGGAAGGGUCUGGAGACGGCCAGCUGCGGGCUCAGGCUGGGAUACAUCCUGCAAAUGUGCUUCUUACCUGCCUUGGCCAUACUGACAGCCGGCAGCACUUUCGCAGCUCAAGAAUUUUCCAGACCCGGCCUGCAGGACCCACGAACAGAUGAUGAUUUCUUUCAUGAACUCCCAGAAACUUUUCCUUCAGAUCCACCAGAACCAUUGCCUCAUUUUCUCAUUGAGCCAGAAGAGGCCUACAUUGUAAAAAACAAACCAGUGAACUUGUACUGCAAAGCUAGUCCAGCCACACAAAUCUACUUUAAGUGCAACAGCGAGUGGGUUCAUCAGAAAGACCAUGUGGUGGAUGAAAGAGUUGAUGAAACCUCAGGUUUGAUAGUCCGGGAAGUAAGCAUUGAAAUAUCACGACAGCAGGUAGAGGAACUAUUUGGGCUUGAGGACUACUGGUGUCAGUGUGUUGCCUGGAGCUCUGCAGGAACGACUAAAAGCAGAAAGGCCUAUGUUAGGAUAGCAUAUUUACGGAAGACUUUCGAACAAGAACCUCUUGGGAAGGAAGUGUCUUUGGAACAGGAAGUUCUUUUGCAGUGUCGUCCACCAGAAGGGAUCCCAGUAGCUGAGGUGGAGUGGCUGAAAAAUGAGGAUGUCAUAGAUCCUGUGGAAGAUCGGAAUUUUUACAUUACAAUUGAUCAUAACCUCAUCAUCAAACAAGCAAGGCUCUCAGACACUGCCAAUUAUACGUGUGUUGCCAAAAACAUUGUGGCCAAAAGAAGAAGCACGACAGCUACAGUAAUCGUAUAUGUGAAUGGAGGGUGGUCUACAUGGACAGAGUGGUCUGCAUGCAGCAACCGGUGUGGAAAAGGCUUCCAAAAACGGACGAGAAUGUGUACAAAUCCUGCACCACUGAAUGGUGGAUCUGUCUGUGAUGGACAAAGUGUUCAGAAAAUAAGCUGCACUACCCUGUGCCCAGAGGAUGGAGCAUGGACUGCAUGGAGCAAAUGGUCUACAUGUGGGACAGAGUGCACACAUUGGCGUCGUAGGGACUGUACAAAUCCCCCACCUAGAAAUGGAGGCAAAGACUGUGAUGGUCCCGUUUUACAGUCAAAAAACUGCACUGAUGGAUUAUGUAUGCUAAGCCCAAUUUACCCUCUUUCACCCAGAACUCAUGAGCAGAAAACAGAGAAAGAAAUUGGAAAUCCUUCUGCUCCAAGCUCAGACAACGUAGCCCUGUAUGUUGGAAUUGUCAUUGCUGUCAUCGUGUGCCUGGCCAUCUCAGUCAUCAUUGCUUUGUUCGUCUAUCGGAAGAACCAUCGCGGUUUUGAGUCUGACAUCAUUGACACAUCUGCACUAAAUGGCGGGUUCCAGGCUGUCAACAUUAAAGCUGCAAGACAAGAUCUCCUGGCGAUUCCACCAGACCUAACAUCAGCAGCGGCAAUGUACAGAGGACCUGUGUAUGCUCUCCAUGAUGUAUCUGACAAGAUCCCAAUGACUAAUUCGCCUCUCCUCGACCCGCUUCCCAAUUUGAAAAUUAAAGUGUACAGCUCGUCUGGUGCUGUAACGCCUCAAGAUGAUCUUUCGGAUUAUUCCUCAAAACUUUCUCCUCAAAUUACUCAGUCUCUACUGGAGAAUGAUACCCUAAACAUGAAGAACCAGAGCCUAGCAAGGCAGACAGAUCCAUCCUGCACUGCUUUUGGAACAUUUAACUCAUUGGGUGGACACCUGAUUAUACCCAAUUCAGGAGUGAGCUUGCUGAUCCCUGCUGGGGCAGUACCUCAGGGAAGAGUGUAUGAAAUGUAUGUCACUGUUCACAGGAAGGAGAACAUGAGGCCACCCAUAGAAGACAGCCAGACACUUCUAACUCCUGUAGUAAGUUGCGGGCCACCGGGAGCACUGAUGACUCGACCAGUCAUUAUUACAAUGCAUCACUGUGCAGAGACAAAUGCAGAGGACUGGAAGAUCCAGCUAAAAGAGCAAUCUGUGCAAGGCCAGUGGGAGGAUGUUGUAGUUGUUGGGGAAGAGAAUUUUACCACACCUUGUUACAUCCAGAUGGAUUCAGAAGCCUGUCACAUCCUCACAGAAACAUUAAGCACCUAUUCACUGGUGGGACAAUCUACAAGCAAAUCAUCAGCAAAGAGACUGAAACUAGCUAUUUUCGGGCCAACAUCCUGCACAUCUCUGGAGUAUAACAUCCGGGUUUACUGCUUAGAUGAUACACAAGAUGCACUCAAGGAAGUGUUACAGCAGGAAAGAAAACUUGGUGGCCAGUUACUGGAUGAGCCUAAAACACUUCACUUUAAAGGAAGCACCCAUAAUCUCCGCCUGUCCGUUCACGACAUUCCACACUCACUUUGGAAAAGUAAAUUGCUAGCUAAAUAUCAGGAAAUCCCAUUCUAUCAGGUUUGGAGUGGAUGCCAAAGGAAUCUUCAAUGUACCUUCACUCUGGAACGCUUCAAUCUCAGCACUGUUGACUUAUCUUGCAAGUUAUGUGUCAGACAGGUAGAAGGGGAAGGACAGAUCUUCCAGCUAAACUGUACAGCAUCAGAGGAAACAAGCUGUAUUAUCGAUUAUCCUCUCAUGGAUUCAGCGAGUACCAUUACUACCAUUAUAGGACCAAGUGCUUUCAGUAUCCCUCUAACUAUUCGGCAGAAGCUCUGCAGUAGUCUAGAUGCUCCCCAGACUCGAGGCCAUGACUGGAGGAUGCUGGCACACAAACUCAACUUAGACAGGUAUCUCAAUUAUUUUGCUACCAAGCCCAGUCCGACCGGAGUGAUCUUGGAUCUGUGGGAAGCGCAAAACUACCCAGACGGGAACCUGAGCACACUGGCUGCAGUCCUAGAAGCGAUGGGCAGACAUGAGACUGUGGUAUCUUUGACAACAGCAUAUUGAUCCUACAUAGAAAAAUAACAAGACAGAGGAGCUAAUAAAGACAAAGUUACCAAGGGAAAAGGAACAUACUGAAAAGAAAUACUGACCAAUGAGUUUUACUUAUAUUAAAACAAAGACGUUGAUAUAAACCUUCUUGUAUAUUAACACAGAAAUGAAAAGGAAAAAAAACAUACAAAGCUGUAUCUCAAAUAUUAUAAACCAACCUAAUGCUCAUUCAGUGUGUGGCUUGGUAUAGGAUUUUACAGUUUCCUAGGAAACGAAAUGUAUUGCUAUCCAGAUACAUGGAUAAACUUUACUAUACAAUCCCAACUCCAAUGGACACUGUUUACAUCCACAAAUGGACGGGGGUUAUUGAUGCUGUCCCAUGACUAUUUAUAUAUUUUGUGCAAGCCAUCAGAGUGACUUUUUUGUGCCAGUCCAGGGUAUUUUUUUAGGAGAGCUACAGUAUUUUAUUUUCAGUGGAAUUAAGAUUGAUUGCACUGAUUACACCAUCAAGACUCAAAUAUUCAAUAAAUCUCCCUGUCCGGUUGCCGGGUAUAGUGUGAUUGUCUGGAAAUAGCUAAGCAGAUA